CCGAGUUUCUAUGAAACGAUAGUCAUAAUAUUUCUUUCCGGUUCCUGGCCGUCCAAACCUGGAAAGCGGAGAAGCCAUACUUACCAGAGAGAAAAUGUCUCUUCCUCCUCUGCUCAACCCACAAACCCCUAAACUACUGUCCCCUCUCUAUCUCCAUACACCUCUUAAGCUCCCAUCAAUCCACACCCUGAAAUACCCAAGAAAAUUCUUCUCUUUCUCGCCUUCUUUUCAGUCGUCUUUCCCUCUGCGAAACGAUGACUCUGAAGACCAUGCCAUUGGCGACUGUGUGGUCUUCGAAGAGGGCGUCUUCGAGGACCCUCAUCUGGAGUCUAACCUUAAUGCUUUUCUUGAUGGUGAUUCUGAUUCAGAUACAGACAAUUCCAGGAGAAAGCACAAACCCAACAACAAGAAGACAAAUUUAACGGAAAUCGAGACGGAGAACUUGGUUCCUGAUAAAUGGAGAGAAGUGCAAGCUGAGAUUAACAUUACGAAGAAAGAAAGGCGCAAGAUUGCCCAAGAAAUGGAGUUCAAUAGUAGAGUUGAAAAGAAGAAAAAGGGGUUGCUUCCUAUAAGGAGUGUCAAUUUGGAGGAGUAUACAGCGUACAGAGAGGCUAAGAUGGCGCAAUUGAAGCCACUUGUUCUUGAUAAUCCUACGAAUUUCCCUGAGGAGGAGGAGGAGGAGGAGAAGGAGGAUAAGAAGCAGCGAAAGAGUGAGACUAAUAGUGAGCGAGUAGGACCCAAGAAUCCGAGAUGGGCUGUUUAUGGGAAAGGUUUUGAUGAUGUUACAGAGUUCUUUAACAGCGGGAACUAUGAGCCUGGUACAAAGAAAUCAGAAGCCCCUCGCAAAUUGUUUACGAAAGAGGAAAAGCUUUUGCUCAAUAAGAAGAUUCCUGACCUAGCAGCUGCUACCUCUGCCAAAUGGCUACCUCUGCACACCCUUGCUGCAUCAGGAGAAUUCUACCUCGUGGAUGCUUUGCUGAAACAUAAUGUUGAUAUCAAUGCUGUGAAUGUGGAUGGUUUGACUGCACUUCACAAAGCAAUAAUUUGUAAAAAGCAAGCCAUUACCAGCUAUCUUUUGAGAGAAUCAGCAAAUCCUUUUGUUCGAGAUUCAGAUGGAGCUACCUUGAUGCAUUAUGCUGUCCAAACAGCAUCUAUUCCUGCUAUUAAACUUCUUCUAUUAUAUAAUGUGGAUAUAAACCUUCAGGACAAUGACGGAUGGACACCAUUACACGUUGCUGUUCAAGCCCAAAGAACUGAUAUAAUAAAGCUAUUAUUAAUUAAAGGAGCUGACAGGACAUUAAAGAACCAGGAUGGUUUAACCCCACUUGAUCUUUGCCUCUAUUCUGGUAGAGACACAAAGACUUACGAACUUAUCAAGCUGUUGAAGCUAUUUCCUUACAAGUCAACUGCAUUGACGACAAGACAGCCAUUUCAAUAAUGUUAUAGCCUCCCCAACUGCAUUGACAAAGCCCUGGCUUUUUUUUGCCAUCUUCUGGAACUUGAAGAACGUGAGCACAGUUGAAGAUGGCGAAACGCGAAUGUGAUCUGGCCAUGCAUGACUAUCCAUUGCAGAAAGCAAAUAACAGUGAGAAAUGAGAAGAGUGGGCUUUCCAAACUUGCAUGUUUAUUACAAAGUAGUUAGGUUAACAAAUCUAAGUUUGUAAUUAUGAUACCGAAGCAUUGAAUUUUGGUCAAUAUCAUAGUGGUUUUAUAAUGACAUAUACCAUCUUUUGUAUAACAAUUCAUUGGAUAAGGAAGUGGAUGAAUGAGUUUAUUUGAAAUAAUUCACUUCCAGAUCUUUUAAAUAAUCAUCCAUGAUAUUUUUUAAUUAAAAAAAUAAAUUCUUUCA